AUGUCUGGGAGGUCCACGCUUAAAGUGUUAGUUGAUGAAGUGGAGGACCAAGGUAAAAAUCCCACUGAGCCAGUUGCAUCGGCGGUCGAUUACAUGUCUACCAUGCAAAAGCGGUUGGCGGCGUAUCAGGCGGACGCGCCAGAUAUUGAUAUUGACGCCCCAGGGCCACCCCGUCUAUCAGGGGUGCCAACUGGGGCGAUGGCGCUUGUAGUUAGCGAAACGAUGGAUGAGGCAGUAGACACCAAUGCACACAAGAAUUGUGGGCCAAAGACUGCUGCUGAGAAGCGUAAAGAGGCUCGGCGAGCUGCCAGGGCAGCUAAGAAGUUAGAUGUGUCGAGACAGGGGGAGUAG